CUUUUUGCCAUCCAAAAAUAUUAAAAUAAUUUUUAAUUAAUUAAAAUUAAAAGCAUGCUUAUGACAGAAAAAUUACUAUUCAAGGUAGUGUUUGUAUUAGUUGCAUUUUAAUGCAUUUUGAGUAAUCAGUCAAUCCGAAAAAGUCAUGUCAUUGACCUUUCACCAACACUGAGCAAAUAGACUUGUCUUUAUUUUUGCCAAGUAGUCUUGACCCACAUCCAAGCUGGAAAGAUUUAUCCGUUGCACAUGCAGCAAGAAAGAUGUGUGCUUUAUCAUGUGCUGAAUCAAUAUUUCUUUCAAAAACAACCUCACAUGUGGUCUGUGGUCACAGAUUAAUCUUUAUACUUCAGAUCUGUUGUUUCUAUCUGGUGAGUGGAGAUUCUGCUGGGUCAUAGCUAGUUGGCCGAUGCAGUGGAAAUUUCUACACAGAUGUGUUUGUUUUACGUCUGUUGUCUUAUGCAGUUUCGCAGCGAGUCCAAGGCUGGUUCUGAAAUAAUGACGGGGGACACGUGAUCGGUAUGGGCUGUCUGUAAAACGCUAAGUUUUUGGGAUCGACUUAAGAACAUUGACUUCUUUGUCUUCUUGUUGAUUUAAAAUACCCCCAGGGAAUGCUGUAUUGUUACUACACGGUCAACCCGGACAGUGGGUAAAGAUCAACCAGGAAGGAGGGGGUAAAUCAAGCCUGUAUUGGCUUCCCAGUCCUGUCAGCUGUGACCCUCCACAACAGGCCUCCUCCUUUUCAGCACGUAGGCUAUGUGCGUGCGUGUCCGUCUCUAGCCAGAACUGAUGAAUGAUACAAAGCUUGCCGUGGUCCAGCGCCAUGGUAGACAUGCCGAGCCUAUACAGUCCCUUGUCCCCCCUGGGCGAUCCUAUUCUGGACAGCCCUCUGUGUGGAGAGCUCAUUGAUGACAUGGAGGUGCUGGAGGACAUCUCACAGUCCCUCAGCGAUGAUACCUUCAACUCCUUUCACGUACUGGACUACCAGAACAGCAACUCAGCAGCGGACAGCUCAACUGUCUUAGAUGUCUUAACACCGGCGUCUAGUCCGUCCUCAGAGGUGUUUGCGUCCAGCGCGGUUCAGGACGAGAACUCCUCCGGUUCUCUGGCCCUCGAGUGCCGCGUGUGCGCCGACCGGGCCUCAGGUUUCCACUACGGAGUGCACGCCUGCGAAGGGUGCAAGGGGUUCUUCAGGAGAACAAUUCGACUCAAACUGGAGUACGACAAGUGCGAACGCAACUGCAAGAUCCAGAAAAAGAACCGCAACAAAUGUCAAUACUGCCGUUUCCGCAAGUGCCUUGCAGUGGGCAUGUCCCACAACGCUAUCCGUUUUGGGCGGAUACCCCAAUCUGAGAAGCAGAGGCUAAAAGCAGAGCAGGACGUCAGCGGGAAAGAGGAGCACAAGUCCCGGCAGCCGGACACUAAGAGUCUGGCUAGGCAAAUGCAUGAAGCCUACCUCAAACACUUCCAUAUGAACAAAGCCAAAGCACGUGUGUUUCUCAUGGGCAAAACCAGCACUCCGCCCUUCGUCAUCCACGACAUGGACACUCUCCAGCACGCCGAGCGUAAGCUACUCACCCAGCUGCUGGGCGACGUGGCGUCCGGAGACAUCUCCACCGUGCGGGAGAGAGAAGUGGAGGCCCGGCUCUUCCUGUUCUGUCAGUACACCUCGGUGGCGACGGUCACGGAGCUGACGGAGUUCGCCAAGGCCGUGCCCGGCUUCGCCGCCCUGGACCUCAACGACCAGGUGACUCUGCUGAAGUACGGCGUUUACGAGGCGCUCUUCACCCUGCUGGCCUCCUGCAUGAACAAAGACGGGCUGCUGGUGGCUCGCGGCGGAGGCUUCAUCACUCGCGAAUUUCUGAAGAGCCUUCGCAAACCCUUCAGCGACAUGAUGGAGCCCAAAUUUCAGUUCGCCAUGAGGUUCAACGCCCUAGAGCUGGACGACAGCGACCUGGCGCUGUUCGUGGCCGCCAUCAUCUGCUGCGGAGACCGUCCAGGACUGAGCGACGUGUCUCAGAUCGAGCGCAUCCAGGAGAGCAUCAUCCACGCCUUACGGCUCCACCUGUCGUCCAACCACCCCGACAACGCCUUGCUCUUUCCCAAGCUGCUGCAGAAACUGGCCGACCUGCGGCAGCUGGUGACGGAGCACGCCGAGCUGGUCCAGGAGAUCAACAAGAUGGAAGACUCUUCACUCCACCCGCUUCUGCAGGAGAUCUACAGAGACAUGUACUGAGUCAGAAGCAUCCCUCUGCGUUCGGGACAGGAGACAAAGAGGGAAACGAAGCCCGGCGGUAGCAUCUUUACGGCGCGCACCUGCUAUCGGAUCGAGCGCCGACGGGACAUCACAGGGCACGGCCUGUGCGAUUGCAGGCCGAGAAAUCUAGCACCAACCUUUAAUAAGCCAAGGGCCUUUAUAAGGUCAAUGCCUGUAGAUGCAUUUGUAAAAUUGCCAAAAAGUGGAUUUCAAUUACAGAUGCAGUAAACGAACGGCGCUCAAAAUAUCUAGGAAUCCCUAAAAACGUACAGUGCCUUAGCACACUGUAAACUGGCAGUAGAUCAUUAAAAUGUCAUACUCGGCUUCGCAAACAACGUUUGCAGUGCCAGAGCAGAGUUGGCAAGUUUUGUUGUUAGAAAUUUGGCCAGACUGAGAUGAAGCGCCACUGCUCUCCUGCUCCAUCUGUGUAAAGAUUGGAGAUAAAGGGGGCGUGGCUAACGCAACGUAACUUCCAGAGCGGUCGACGUCGCUCAGCACCUUAAAAACCGGGCGCAUCCCUGUCUCUGGCAAAAAAAAAGCACCAGCAGGUAAAAAUUAGGACAUGGAAAAUAUAGAGUUGA